AUGGACUUUCCAAGUACCAGUUCUUGGGACUAUUCUCUUAUUGGAACAGACACUCUUAUUUCGUCAGGUAUAUUAUCUGAAGCUGUAAAUGUACUAAACAACAGCACAGAAUUAGAGCCUUGCCUGCCAGAAAAACAAGUACUCAAUUUGGAUCGUCAAGAUACUGUAUCAACUUUACUAAAAGCUUGGGGUUUAUCUGAAUUGGAAGAACAUUUCUGUAUUAAUAAAGUUGAUCUUCAAUCUCUCAAACAUGCGAGACUUCAUCAUUUGCAAGAUUUAUUAAAAAAUUUUCCUUGGGGCAUAAAAGUUAAGUUCGAGCACUACCUUUUUGAGUGGCAGAAAUCUGUAGGUACAUAUGUACACAAUGAAAGUAAGGAGAAAAGCAAAGAGGAAAGUAAGAAAGAAAGUAAGGAAGAAAGUAAAAAUAAAGAAAACGAAAAAAGCAAUGUUUGCGAUUUCGAAGAUAAUACCUGUAUCUCUGAACUGAUUGAUUUAAAGUCCAUUUUAAAAGAAUACAACGAGGGAAAAUCAAUUUUAAAAAUGUGUGAAAGAGGUGUUACAGAACUGCCAGAACCUCAUCGACAAAUUUUGGUGGAUAAAAUCGUCGACCACUUUAUCCAAAACAAUAAAAAAAUGAGCGUGUCAGUAGCCGGAACUAUAGCUAACCAAAUUAAAAUCUUAUUCCCAUAUGAAGUCAAGGAAUACUAUUUCGCUCCUCAAAAAAAUAAGGCCCCAAAGGGAAAACUUUUGGCCAAAUAUUAUAACAAUACAAGAAAACUAAAAUCUAGUGGGCUAUUGGAGGGACCCCUGGUCAAAAGAAAAGUAUAUACAGAGUCAUCUUUAGUUCUUCCUGAGUCUGAAGAAGAUGCUGAAAUUAUAAAGGAAAAAUUAAAAUAUAUACAGGAGGAGGAACGAUGGGAGGAAAUUAAAAAUUUUUGGACAAAGUGCCAAAAUUACCGAAGAAGAUUUUUGGUCGAAGACGAUAGCAAAAACAUAGUAACGAUUUUAACCGAAUGGCCCCUGUAUAGACACCCACUGGGAUACACCUUGGUAGGAAUUUAUAUUUUGAAUUUGUUCUAUAAAAUAAUUUUCAAAUAUUUUUCUGUUUUAGAUAGAAAUAGAUUUCCAAUAUUUAUUUCCUGCUGCAAGCAGCAUAUAUUUGAAGUGGAAUUUAUUUGUCGAAGCAGCAUUAGAUAUUUUUAGUACUAAAAUUAAAGAAAAGAAAUGUCGACUGCUUUUGGAAAAUCUAAAAUCUGAAUAUGAAAAUAUUUCUGAAGAUGGACGAAAUGUUGCUAUUAUCUUCCUCCUUCACGCAGCUAUUGUGCCAACAUCCAAGAAGACAGAAAAAGUAGGUACUAAGAAAGUAUUAAUCAAGUACACAAUAAGUGAUUCCCAGGAUGCUUUUAUGGUAACAGGUGCCAGUUUAGCCGAAAUCGAAACUAAACUUUUGUUACUAAAAAGUAAAAAGUUACCCAUUCAACCCCACCUAGUAGUAAUCUAUGAUGAUAAUUUAUUUCACCCCAAACAAUACUUGGUAUGUUGUGAUCAAAUUAAAUAUAGCUUUUUUUCCCCAAUUUCGGCUCUAAAUUGCUGCCUUCAACUAUAUCACGUUUUUAAUUUAAGUUAUCCCUUAGAAUGUGUAGCAGUCUGGCAAUUUUUACAAAUUUAUUUUUUCGAUAUUAAAACCCAACAUGAUAUGGUACUUCCAACUAUCAAUAUAUUUUUAAAUGAGCUAAGCAAAAAGGUUCAGGUUUAAAAAAA